UAGCGGUUUUCACGAACUUUUAAAUUUUGUUAAGAAUACACUAUAAAGACGUCGUUUCUUGGUCAUUUACUGUUGACCACUAGUGUCAUACUGAAGGUUAUAGAAAAUAGUUUAGAUAACAUUUUUUACACAGCUGUUUAAAGACAACAUUGAGCGUAGUUUUCAGAGUUGAAAUAUCGAAUCCAGUAAGGGACAUACUUCCUUAUGCUAUAAUGUCUGAAGAACAGCCAAGAGUUUUGGUGACUGGAGCAUCAGGCUAUAUUGCCUUGCAUAUCAUUCGUUUACUGUUGAAAGAAGGAUAUCGCGUUCGAGGCACAGUGAGGAGCAUAGGUAACGAAGCAAAGGUGAAACACGUGAAAGAAGUCUACCCUAAUUCAAGAUAUCCCAUUGAGCUAGUGGAAGCUGACUUAUCUAUGGAUGAUGGCUGGAUAAGAGCUGUUCAGGAUUGUGAAUUUGUAAUGCACGUGGCUUCACCUUUUCCAAACAUACCCCCAAAAGAGAAUAGUGAUUUAAUGGUACCAGCUGUGGAAGGAACUAAAAGAGUUCUGAAAGCUUGUGCCAAAGCAGGUACAGUAAAGCGAGUUAUUCUUACCAGCUCUAUAAGUGCAGUGCACGGUGAGAGUUCAGUGGAAAAUAGUCAAAUCUAUGACGAACAGGAUUGGAGUAAUUUAGAUUCAUCAGAUCUGGACACUUAUGCUAGGAGCAAAACAGUAGCAGAGAAGGUGGCUUGGGAGUUUGUUGAGGAACUACCAACAGAAAAUAAGUUUGAAUUAACAGUAAUAAACCCCGGACUGGUCAUUGGGCCGGUGCUCAGUAAUAAUAUAGGGACCAGCGUCAAGUUAAUCGUUCGUUUAAUGAAUAUGUCUUCCCCUUUAAUUCCCGGACUAAACUUUUACAUUUGUGAUGUUCGAGAUGUUGCCCUCGCACACAUCAGAGCCAUGACGAUACCGGAAGCCGCUGGACAACGGCACAUAGUGGGAAGUGGAAGUUUAUGGAUGAGAGAUAUAGCCUACAUUUUACAGAAAGAGUUCUCGCCUCAAGGGUAUUGGGUUUUUACUUUAUCGGCACCGUACUUGGUCUUCUGGUUGGUCAGUUUUAUAGAUCAAUCUGUUAACCUUAUCCUAUCACGAAUCGGAAACGUAUACAAGUUCAGCAAUGAAAGAAUGAAAAAUGUCUUGGGAAUUAAACCAAAAUGCAUGGAAGGAACUAUCUUGGAAACUGCCUAUAGUUUAAUUGAGCAUGGUGUUAUACCCAAAUAUGACAAGUUCCAAUCAAAGAAGUCUCAAAACGAGUAGGAAAUGGCAAGCAAUGAAUCAGUUACAGUUUUUUACUAGAUUAGAAUCAGUAAUAUCCGA